UGUCCAGUGGAGGAACUCCAUCAUUCAGAGAACUUCCUGGUUUAUCAGUAAAAGGAAGAAGAGAAACAGUUAGAACCCAUCAGCAGCUCAGGAUGAAGGUCUGUCACACUUUGAUCUGCUUCUUCUUCCUCACAUCACUGCAGGAUGGAGACACUGGAGAACCUCGUACAGCAAAGGAAGGAACCAACAUCACAGUUUCAUGUUCAUUUAGUUACUCUGGAAGCAGAAGGUUCUUCUGUAAGGAAACCUGUGAAGGAAACAAUAUUCUGAUUGAAACAACAGAGGACAGAGAUCAGCGAGGAAGAUACAGCAUUCAGUAUGAAAAAAAAUCCAUUUUUUCAUCUGAUAUUAUGAAUGUGAGCAUCACAGGGCUGAAACAGUCAGACUCAGGACGGUACCGGUGUCAAUUGAAUAAUACAUGGACUGCAACUAAAUAUGAGGAUUUUGAUCUUGAUGUAACAGGAGCUUCAACCACUUCAGAACCAAAGUGUACUCUGCAAACGUUUACAUCAACAACAACAAAAACAACAUUAACACAAAGGUUGAGUUCCUCCUCUUCUUCCUCCCCAUCUGAAAGCACCCAACAGACCAGAACAUCAACUGGACCCAAAAGUCUGGUGCUUUAUGUGGGUCUGAUUCUGGCCAUCCUGAUCUUCAUGUUCGUAGCAACUCUCCUAAUUUUUCUCAAGAACAAGAAGUUCGGUCAAAAGAAAGUUUGUCCAGUGAAAACACAGUCUGCUGACGUCACAGUGGCCAACCCGUUGUAUGAGGAGAUCAGAGAGGAGGACAGAGAGAACAAACCACCUCCUGGGGAAAUAUCUUCAAUUUAUGUUUGCGCCAAAUCCUGCACCACAGACACAACUCAAAGCACAACAAUAUACAGCCUCCCCAGCGUCAGUCAGAUUAAAGCUGAAGAUGACGGAGUAGAAUACUCUGAAGUGCAUUAUUUCAACGAUACCACCUCAUCCAGCGGCGCCCCCUGUGGUUGUGCAGAUAAUGUCACCUACUCAGAACCUCAGAUAGCUAAGAGCUCUGCCAGCCACAGCAGUGAAUCACCUCCUCUUUAUUCCAGCAUUACUUUACAGCAGUAGCUUUGCUGUGGAUCUGCUGUCUGCUCAGAUAAACUAAUUUAUAUCAUCAGCUUUGAGCUAACAGUUGUAAAAACUUUCACAAUCAUUCUGACUUAUUGUACUGAACAGCAUAUGUUAGUGAAGUUCAUAUAAUUUGGACGCAGCCACAGUGAUGUAGCCAAAAUCAGUCCCUAUGGUGGUUCUUGGAGUGUUUGUCAUAAAUACAUCUUAGGCUAAAUAAUUAGCUCCUUUUCAAAAGGUAAAACAAACUGAACUCCCAUUUUAAUUUUCUUCAUAACAGUUUCAGUAAUGUUUAAUACUUUCAGUUCAUAAUGGCAUUUUUUCUUUUCAACAAACUCAAGUCUCUGUUAACCCAGAUUAUCCAAACUUUAUCCCAUUAUGACAACAACAUGCUGUUCAAAGCACUGAGAACUCAGUCCUGUGCAACUCAGCUCAGACUAAACAUAAUUGUGAAUGUUGAUCCUUUAAAGCUAAUGCUAACAUGCUAGCAGCUAGCAUAACCUGUUCAUUUCCAAUGUAGACCCAGAUGUUUGUCUAAAAGUCUUAUAUCGUAGCAUUUAUUGUUUUUGAGCUAUAAAAUAUAAAGUUGCACAAAUUCAUUAAAGUUAUAGCCGUUGCCUCCUUAUGUUCAGUUCCUGUUUUGUAUACGGGUACCGUUUUACACCUGAGUAUCCAACAAACAUUUUCGUUGCUUUUAAAGAUAAAUCUACGCAUAGAUUUGGGAGAUAUUUAUAAAUGGUCAUUGUCAUAAUUAUCUAUUUGCAAAAGAGGUCAAUAAGAAUUGUCCAUAACGCUGGUUACAACUAGAAAACAUUCGGAUUUGAUCACAUGUCGUCUCAAGGCACUUUAAAAAGUCAAUUAAAUUAAAUCAUACAGAUUUUAAAUCGGGUUCAUACAUUCCAAUAAAUCCUAACUAUCAAACAGUGCAGUCAGAUUCGGCUUAUCAUUCAAAUUGGUUAAAACGUUUUUCUAUCUAAGGAAACCCAGCACAUUGCAUUGAGUCAGUGACUUGCAGCAUUGACUCCUCCUGGAUGAGCAUGUAGAGACAGUGGACAGUUGCUUGCAUUGAGUCGAUAACUUUGCCGAAAUCCCUCUACUGUUUAUGCAUAAAGCAAUGCACCAGCUUCUAGUCUACAAUCUAAAAUUAUUUGAAAGACGAUGUGGGCAGAAUUUAUAAAGUGUAUUUCUGUUUGUGAAGACGUGAAACAGACUAAGAGAAGAACUAAAACAAUGUCUAUGCAAAUAGUUCAAAAAGUGGUGCAAAAAAAUAUGCUGUUUACAAGGUAGAGGAAGAAAGAAUGGCUUUCUGCCAUUGUUUACACAUGUAUGCAUGUAUAGUGAUUGAAAUAAAAAGGUCACUAAUGUAGAAUAAUACUAAAUAAGAUGUUUGGUUUAUAAGAAAUGUCGUCAGUCUCUCAUCAGCUCAUGAUUCAGUGAUUUCUUUUUAGAUGUGAGAGUCCAGAAACUAGACAGAAUGUGGUUUAUAGAAGAUGGUACUGUCAACAUGUCCAAGAAACAGAUGCAUGUGUUUAGCAUUUAAUCAACAGCCAACAUAUAUAUUAUUAAAUCACUUUAUCAAUUUGAAAACAAAAAUUCCCUUGAUUAAAUAGUUUGCUUUUAACGUAGAAGCAGUUCAGCUGUUAAGAUAAAGUUUGGUGGUUCAGACACAUAGAGAGAUACCAAUAAAUAUUGGUUCUGAUGCCACAAAUAAUGCACAAAUCUUCAGAUGUAAGGUCAACGAAUGACAAGGCUGGGAUCUAAUAAAUUAUUGGAAACAUCAAACAGCUCUGAACAGAUCUCUGUAUCCAACAUUCAGAAAAACCUACGAGUAACAUGCUGAUGUCAAUAAAUGCAACACUCAGGGAUAACUUUCUAGUGCUGAGGACUACCUUCUUGCUAACACAUCCUGUCAUUAGUUGGAUUCUCUGGCUGCAGAUUAGAUGCUCAUGAUUUUGGUCAUGGAGAUCAAAUAGAGCACUGAAUCAGGCUGGACUCUUGAGUAACCUCCAACACUUGUUACAUAUUUAGCAUUACUGCUUGUGACCUACAUUAUUUUCAAACUACUACCACACAUGUAUAAGUAAAGGUAUCUCUAGAUAUGCAAAGAUGUCUGUAAUUACACGUAUGUCUUGACAUGUCAAUGUGUGCAGCAAAUUAUAAAAGUUUUACCAUAGGAUCUAAACCGGAAUUGAUGACUGUUAAUAUUUAUGGCAAAAACUUCAUUAUUGUUAUUAAUAGUAGUAUUUUUCUUAUGUCUUGGUUUGGUGUGUUUGCUUGUUUUCUGUUUAAAAUAAAGCCUAUUUUUAUUUUGG